AGAUAAAAGAUUAGAGAAAUGGUGGAAAGGGAGGAAAAUGGUGACUGGCGCGAGGGCUUUCAGGAAACGCCUCUCCACCACAACAAACGACGCCAUAGGCAGAAAGGACGCUCAGCUCUCUUAUUUUUCUCUUCCAAAGGGUCUGGAGGUGAUUGUCAGUGAGGGAGAGAGCCAACUCCCUCCUCCACCUCCCAGUCCUCAAUAAGAAUCAGUUAACUAAGGUUCACCAUGGAUGCCGUGCCACCUCAGUACCCGCCAAGGACUGUGUCCCACGCUGCCUCACAGACCAUGCCAGAGAUAUCCCAACAGCAACAACAACAACAGGUGCAGCCAACUGAUGCACAGGUAGCAACACAAAUUGGCCUUUGGUUGCAGACUAAUGAAAAGCCAUAUGAGUGUGAGGAGUGCAGCAAGCGGUUUGCGCAGGAGAGCCACCUCAACAACCACAUUGUUUGGCACCGCAAGGUUAAACGGUUUGAAUGUGAGCUGUGCCACAAGAGAUUCACUAUGGAGAGUCACCUUGACAGCCACAUGAUUGUGCACAGCGCUGAGAAAAACUUCAAGUGUGAGCUGUGUGACAAGAGGUUCACAAUGGAGAGCCAUCUGAAUGGACACAUGCUGGUGCACAACCAGGAUAAAAAGUUUGAAUGUGAACUAUGCCAGAAGCGCUUCACCAUUGCUUCCCACCUGCGUAGCCACAUGCUGGUGCAUGUCAAGGACAAGCGUUUUGAGUGUGGUCGUUGUGGCAAGCGUUUUGUUCAGAGGAGUCACCUUAACAGCCACAUGAAUGCACACAAUGUGGAGAAGAACUUUGAAUGUGGCAUCUGUGGUAAAAGAUUUGCUUUGGAAAUCCACAUGAAUGCACACCACUUGAUUCACACAAUGGAGAGAAAAUUUGAAUGCCCUGUGUGCAACAAACGGUUCACAAUGGGUAUCCACCUCAAUGCACACAUGCUGAUGCACAAUGUGGAGAAGAAAUUUGAAUGUCUGAUCUGUGGAAAGCGGUUCUCUAUGGAGAGUCACCUCAAUAGCCACAUGAUUGUGCAUAGUGAGAAGCGUUAUGAAUGUGAGGUGUGUGGCAAACGCUACACCCGCAAAAGUCACUUGAACAGCCACAGUUUUGUGCACAGCGAGGAAAAGCGCUAUGAGUGUGAAGUGUGCCGGAAGAAAUUUGCCCAGAAAAGCCACCUGAGUAGCCACCGUGUAGUGCACACUGACGAGAAGCGCUUUGAGUGUGAGGAGUGUGGCAAACGCUUCCUCCAGGAGAUCCAUCUUAAUAGUCACAUGUACGUCCAUACUGCUGAGAAGAAAUAUGAACGCCAUGACUGGAACAGACCUCCUGUCCCACAGGGACAUGUCAAUGGUCACAAGUUUGUGCACAAUGACAUGAAAAAAUUUGAGUGUGAUGAGUGUGGAAAGCGGUUCUCACAGGAGAGUCACUUAAACAGUCACCGGUUUGUGCACACACAGGACAAGACCUAUGAGUGUGAGGAGUGUGGUAAGCGGUUCAGACAAGAGAGUCACCUCACCUCUCAUAUGUUUGUUCACAGUGAGAAAAAGAGAUAUGAGUGUCCGGAGUGCGGGAAGCAGUUCUCCCAGGAAAGCCACCUCAACAGUCACCGAUUUGUGCAUGGCGUAGACAGGAAAAAUGACUUUAUCGACUAUGCCAAGCAGCCUCUCCCAGGAACAAUCCCACAGAAGACCACAUACCCUACCAGCCAAAACACUGUCCCAGUGGCAGCUGCAGAAAAGAAGCCUGAGGUAUACCAAGAAAAUGCAAAACUCUUCCCCCAGCAACCAUACCAGCCUACACAUGCGUAUCCACAGUGGGAGCAGGUGCGAACCCUGUGGUCCUUGUAGCCCAAUGCUCUUGACAAACCUGUGCAGGAAAUAUGAAAUAUCUCAGAGCAGAACAGGAUAAUGAGGGACAAUCCCUGAGGCUAAGAGAAGAGGUUGUGGCUGGGUGAGAGACAAUGCUUGCAGUUUGGUGUCACAUGUUUACACUUCUAUUCCCAUGAAAGUACUGUUCAGAAAGCAGCAGUCUCCAUCUUUAUAUUACUUGAGUACUUUUAGGGAGUAUAAGCUGUAGCAUCACUAUUCAUGUUACUCUCUAAGGUCAAGUUGCACUCCCCAAAGGUAUAACAAGUGGCCCCACUGCAGUACUGUAGCAUUGUCAUCUCUCACACCCCAGAGGACCAAAGUCUCAGUGCUGGGUGAGACAGUGAAAACCUGCCCAGUCAUUGUCUGACCUAGUAGUCCCCUUCCCUUUCCACAAAUGUUUCCUUAUCACACCUGUGUGAGAGUAAUGCCUCACUGCCUGCCCUCUCUCCCCCAAGUGGCCUGACCCUUACCCUAUGUAUUUUAGUGACUUAUUUAUAUUGAAUAUGAUUGCCAGGGAAUGGAACUGUAGCUAAACAUUGCUGGUUUUUAUAAUUCCAAAGGUGUUUUGGGGCCAGGACACACUGGUGGUGACUUGUAGCUUCCACCCAACAGCAGUGUGCAUGUGUAUUGGUACAGUAUAUGUACAUAAGUGUAUAUAUAUGUAUAUACUUGAGUAUAACCAUAUAUACAGUAGUGUAUAUGUACAGUUUUUUUUUUUUUUUUUUUUUUUUUUUUUUUUUUGCCGAUCUACAAGAUAGAGUGACGGCAUGGUUGUCUCUUAAGUUUAUUUAACCAGAACACUAUCCUGUAGUUUUCAUAGAGCAUUGGACUGUUGCACUAUUGUAUCGGGGGGUGUGGGGGCAGGUGUUGAGGUGGCAGAUGUAUCACAGGUUGGAUGCCACCUUACUGAUAUAACAAAUGCACAUUUGAUCUGUGCAUCACAUCAUCUUGUGUAAACCCGAAGUGUUGGCUGAGCCUCUCUGAAAGCCUGCAUUGAAAAUGGGACACUAGCACCAUAAUACAGAGGAAGAGUGGAUAGAGUAGACAAGAUGAAGUUGUACUUUAUUUAUAAUUCACAUCUGAAAAUUUUGGAGUUCUUAGUGUGAGGAAGGGACUGUGUUGGAUGGUUGAACUAGGUUAUAUAGUGUGCAUUUCUCUCUUCACAGGAAGGGAACAAGGUGGCUUCCCUCCUUCUGGGGAUAGGGAGGAGAUAACGGUAUAUUAAGAACUUAAUUUUAUUCCAGUAGUUGUGCAUGUAGUUCAGCACUCCAUCGUAGCAGUUAAGACUUAACCUUUUUAAACAAAAAAAAACAUGUUGUGCCUUUCUUUAAUGGCACGUAAUUGUAAAUGAAAUUUUUUUACGGAUUCAAAUCUCUGCUGUGUACAUGAUGUAACAUUAGUUAACAGACAAGUUAGCCGGGCUGCUCCCACACACGCUCUCUGUUGACUUGGUUCACACAUUUGCCUUUAUUGUCUAGAGGUAGCUUUUGCCCGCACGGGUUCCUCCACUCUGGAAGAGGAGACCAUCGUUCAAGCCUUUCAUUAUCAUGCCCUCUAUAUUAUUGUCCACUGCUAAUGGCUAAGAAAAAUCCACUUCCUGGUCCAUUUCUUGGAGCUUUUCCAUAGAGAUGCACUGAAGGAAUUGGUAUAUUUUUUUGUUGCCUUUGUCAGAGAAAUGUGAUAUAAUUGGCAUGAUAUUGAAUUAUGCAAACGGGGGAUCUCUGAUAGUAGAAUAAUUUGUGUAUGUAACCCGGGAAGAGGCUGUAGAUGAGGUCUUAUAGCGGGUACACUCUCUCUCUCUCUCUCUCUCUCUCUCUCUCUCUCUCUCUCUCUCUCUCUCUCUCUCUCUCUCUCUCUCUCUCUCUCUCUCUCUCUCUCUCUCUCUCUCUCUCUCUCUCUCUCUCUCUCUCUCUCUGUAGUGCAAGUGCUAGAUCACCAGUUGUCUCCUGCAAACAUAGGUAAUUAUAGCCUAACUUAUACUUACAAGAGAAAAGAAUACAGAUAUAGUAGGCUUUUCAUUAACUAUACAAGUUUUAUUAUUUGUGAAAGGAAAUUUGAUUAACUUAUUAUUUGAUAAUUUCAUGAUGAUAAUUGUCUUAUUUGUUGUUUAAGCUGUAUGCCAUGUAAGUCAUUAUAGGAAGGACAAAGAAGGCAUACCUAAUGGUUGACCCACUGUCAGUUGUGAAUUGGGUUCAAUGAAGAUUAAAAUACAUUACAGCUCACUAGUCUGGGCUGAUGAGUGAAUGUUUCAUGAAACAACUAAGAUGAAAAAGUGAAUUUUGAAAAAAAAAAAUAAUAAAAUAAAAAUAAAAACAGGUUGCUAUUUCCUUUGCAGUAAUAUAUUGGUGGAUUUAAAUUUUUUUUUUAUUAAUUAAUUUAUUUUUUAUUAUGGAGUAAAUUUUAAAGAGGGAAUUGCCUUUGAAAUUUGUUCUUUGUUUGGUCAACUAUUGUCUGGUAUGGUGCAAUUAUAUAUAUAUAUAUAUAUAUAUAUAUAUAUAUAUAUAUAUAUAUAUAUAUAUAUAUAUAUAUAUAUAUAUAUAACAAUUAAUUCACUCAACAUGCUGGAGAUGCGACUUCAAGUCAGUUGUUAUGAGAGAACAACAUAAGAUUAAACUCCCGUUUUGUAAAACACUGCAAUUUGGUGAACACUCGCCUGAAACAUAAGUAACAAUGCCAUAUUGUCUCAAUAGUAAUAUUAGGAAGCAUUAAACUUGGUUUCCCACGUAGCUAGAUUUUAUGUACACCGGGAAAGGUGAAAGAAAUAUUCAACAAUGGUUGUAUCUAGUAGCAGCUCAUGUAAAGAAUAACUAUAGGCUGCUAUAUCCGCAUGCAGUCCUCGUUAACUGAAAUGAUGUACAGCUUAAGAUUAAAUUUGCUGGAAGGUAAAUCUGGGAUAUGCGACAUAAGUUACCUGUGAAAUUAAUUUGAAGAAAAUAAUUAUUUCUUGAUACAUAUUAUUAUUAUUAUUAUUAUUAUUAUUAUUAUUAUUAUUAUUAUUAUUAUUAUUAUUAUUGCCUCUACUAUUUUCCCCUAAUUCUUCUGUACCGUUUGUUCAAUGGAAUAUUUAACUGUAUAACUUUUGUUAAAUAAACUUUCAUUUUUGU